AUGGGCCGCCAAGUAUCCGAGCCGGCGCGCUCCGGUGCCCAGCCGUGUGCCCCGGAGGCCGUGGGUUAUAGGCGGAAGGGGGCCUGGGGCGGCACGCGGAGCGGGGCGGAGCGCAGCUGCACCGACCCCGGCUGGCUGCUCGCCUUCGCGGUCGCGCUGGGCGGCCUCGGUGGCGCCGCGAUCUACGCGAACGGCCACGGGAACAUCGACCGGCUGCGCCGCCUGCCGAACGGAGAUGGCCUCCUCUGCGGCAUGGAGGGCCGGGGGCAGUUCGUUUUCUUCUGCCGCGAGCCAGGCGGUGGUUCCGUCGAGGCCACUUGGAACGAUUCGGACCCAGACGGAUCUGCAGCAACUUUGGCCCGUCCGCUGGACGGGGCCGACAACACCUCGGAGCGGCUAGUUGGCGAUCGCCACCUGGGAACCAAGGCAGACCCAGAACCUCGGCUCCGGAGACUCGCGCCACGACCCCAUCUCGGUGCCGAGUUCGAGGUCCCGGGGGACUUCGAGGCCGCCUGCGCGGGCACGGAGGGCGGGGCGGCGGAGCGAGCCGAGCCCGGCGCGGUCGACCAGGAGGUCCCAUCCUGGAGUGGCGAGGCAGACAAGCUGUCAAGCUAUCGCUUCGAGGUGGCGAUGCUCGUGACGAGCGUCCGGCUGAGCCAUCGUCACACCCUGUGGGAGGUCUUCGGUUAUGUGCUGGAGAAGCUAGACUACACGAGCCUCCACGACACAGGCCCGCUGGCGGAGGUGUUUUCCUUGGACUGGGCCGCCAGGUUCGAGAAGCAGGAAGGACAGCUACAAACGUUGCCCACGCGCUUCCCGGCAGAGGCCUCGGCAGAGCUGGACGGCAAGACGAAGCGCGAGCGGGCCAUGUUCGAGGACGGCGCCGAGGACGACGAGUACGAGACUGGUGGAGAAGCCGACGAGAUCUACGGGAUGGUCGAGCAGCUUAUCAAAUUCGCUGAGGAGGACGACGACGAGGAUGAGCCGGCCGACCUAGACGCGGACAGCGAGGUGUUCGCUCAGUUUCGCCAGGCUGGAAGGCCUUCCGCGAGCUUCUACAGGGACGAGCCGCGCGCGAAUGCGAACCCGUCAGCAGGGCACCUGCACCCUACGGUCGCGACGCGGUGCGCAUUAUUCUGGAUUGUGGAAGAUGGAAUCUGGUUUUUGAAGCCACCGCACGUUGAGCUGCUCGCGGCCGAGGGGUUCGCGGAAGUCGAGGUCGAGACUUUCGAGGGCGGCGCGGUGCCCGUAUUCGUGAGCGCUGCCGGCGUGAAGGGCGCCUUCCACAGGUUGACUAUGCCAGAGUGGCUCUCGCGAUAUUUUGGCUUGCCCGAUGCGCUGGCCGAGGGCGUCGGCGUGGUCGGCCAGGUGAUCGACGGGGCCGUCGCCGUUGCAGGAGAUGCGAUCGCGCCGUUGGCGCGGGCGCUUCCCGCGUGGUUCACCUGGGGUCUUUUCUUCUGCCAGUGGAUGCGCGGGAGUCUUUGCCGGCGGGUGCACGCGCUCUUCGCCUCGGAGCCGCUGAGGGACCGCGGUCGGUCUGCCGUUCUCGUCCUGGGUGACGCUCUGCACGAGCCCAGGCGCUACGCGCGCGUGGACAACCUGGGGGUAGUGGGCGAUAGUCGCUCGGAGGUGGAGCACGCGCUCGCUGACAUGGCGCAGGUCUUCGAGAGCUUCGGCCUGCCGGCGCGUGGAGAAGAGGUGAGGGGCGACGCCGCGGAGGUCAUCCUGGGGCACUGCGCCUCCUACGGCCUGGUGCGGCGACCCGUCUCAUCGUGCUUCCAUUCGGUGUGCACAUUCAUCGGCUUGGCAGCCGUUGCGGCCGUCCGUGAGGGGCGAGUUGCAGGCUUUUCUCGGGAUGAUGCUUUCUUGUUCUCGGACUGGUGGCCGAGAUGGAAUCGACUGGCGAGCGCCCGUGACGCCUCGGAGUGGGGUCUCGGGGUCUCCACCAGCCUCGCGAGCGAUGCAGAGGUGGAGGCUGCUGGCCGCACUCGCGAGAGCGACCGCUUCCGUUGCGUCCGCGGCGACGGCUGCUUAGUUCGGGAGCUCGCAGGGCUGCCGCCGCUGGCCGGGGAGGGGCUUCCAGGAGAAGAUUUCGACGGGCUGGAGACCGCGCUGGCCUCCGGCGAAAACGAGGUCAACUUAGGCUUCUCCGAGGUGGCCUCGGCUUGGCUGGCGCAUGGCCGCUAG